AUGUCGAUGGACGGACAGCUGCUUAAAGCAGCCGUAACUGGUGAUGGCAGGCAAAUGAAGCACCUGGCUUCUCAGGAUCCCGCGGCGCUGCUUGGAACCACGCCACAGGGGAAUACAUGCCUCCACAUCGCCGCUAUCCAUGGCCACGACGUGUUCUGCAAGGACGCCGUGGCACUGAACCCGUCGCUCCUCGCUGCCGUCAACUCUGACGGCGAGACCCCUCUGCUCGCUGCCGUGGCAAGCGGCCGUGUUUCUGUAGCUUCUGUUUUGCUCAGGUGCUACCGUGAUGGGCAGCAGAGCCAUGCGAUGUUGAAGCAAGACAAGCUUGGAUUCAACGCUCUGCACCACGCCAUACGCAGUGGACAUAGGGAGCUCGCACUGGAGCUGAUAGAAGCAGAGCCCGCCCUGGCGCAUGCUGUGAACCUAGACGGUGAGUCACCCAUGUUCAUUGCGGUGAUGAGAGAUUAUGAGGAUGUCUUCAACAAACUGUUGGAGAUUCCUAAUUCUGCUCAUGGGGGAGCCACGGGCUUCAAUGCUCUGCAUGCUGCCGUGAGAAACGGUAAUUCAGACAUCGCUACAAAGAUCAUGCAGACACAUCCUGCUCUGGGCUGGGAAGAAGACGAGGAUAACAACACUCCAAUGCAGCCAGCGGUACUUUGGGAUAAGAUUGACGUGGUAAGAGUAUUGCUGGAACAUGAUCGGUCUUUAGGGUAUGUAGUCCCAUCACAUUGUGUCCCUCUUCUUAAUUCUGCUGCAUUUAGAGGCCAUGUUGGUGUUGCUCGAGAGCUUCUUAAACAUUGUCCAGAUGCUCCCUUCUGCAAUUCAAAUCGCCGGACAUGUCUGCAUACAGCUGUAAUAGCUGAACAUACAGAAUUUGUAGAAUUUAUCCUGGAUUCACCACAACUCCGUAGACUCGUUAAUAUGCGAGAUUUAUACGGAGAUACUGCUCUUCAUUGCGCAGUCGAAAUGUGCAAUCCGAAAAUGGUGGCUGCUGUACUUCGUCACCAAGACAUCGAUGUCACUGUGCUCAACAACAGCAGUAACCCAGCAAGCUGGAAACUAUCUGCUGCCACCGACACUGCCAAGACUUUAAACUGGAAUGAAGUGUCCAUGCUUAUGUCAAAAGCUGAUCCUCGAUACACAAUAUAUAAUCUCCACAAGCAAGUGAAGACUAAAGUGACAAACUUCUCAGGGAAGGAUAUCAAGGCAUUGACUCAAACAUACACAAGCAACACUUCUCUAGUGGCAAUCCUUAUGGCGACGAUUACCUUUGCCGCUGCUUUCACUUUGCCAGGAGGAUAUAGCACAGACGCUGGAAAUGAAGGACUUCCCAUCAUGACCAGAAAGCUUGCAUUUCAGGCGUUCUUGAUCUCUGAUACCUUGGCAAUGUGCUCCUCACUUCUUGUUGCCUUUGUAUGCAUCAUAGCAAGGUGGGAGGAUCUUGAGUUCUUGCUUUAUUAUAGGUCUUUUACAAAGAAGCUCAUGUGGUUCGCGUACAUGGCAACCACCAUAGCAUUUGCAACUGGUUUAUACACAAUUCUGGCUCUUCGUCUCCUAUGGUUGGCCAUUGCAAUUUGUGUUGUGUCAGUUUCAUUGCCAAUUCUUACUAAACUUCUUGGUGAGUGGCCUGUCUUAAAGCUCAGGUUGCGGCUGGGUCAUCAAACAUUCAAGCCUGAGUUCCUUAAUAUGGUUUGA